UUAGAAUUGGACUUAGGGAGUCGCAGCGAUGAAUGGAAGCUGAACCGUGCAUAACAAAUGCUAAAAUGCGAGAAUUGUGUUUUGUGUCGUUUGAACCGCGGAAAAGUAAACGAUGAAAACCGUCGCGUCCGGAAGCCACCGUACUGGACGCACGGCGGCGUAGCGGCAGAGAGGCGCAGUGUGUUGUUCUCAUGCAGGGCGCUGCUGCCGCAACCCUCGCUCCCAGAGUCAGGUGGACGCGCCUGACGCGGUGAUCCAGGUCGCCCCUAUGGAUCGUUUCAAUGGAUGUCUUCAAACCUGCUUUGGACAACAAUAGCCUGAGUCCGAAGCCGCCGCUCACCCCCGCCUCGUCGACCGACGCGGGCUCCGGUGUGUUCCGCUGGCCAACGCCGGAGAACCGCAGCGGCAGCGGCCAUGGCAGCGGCAGCGCCUCGGCGCUCGAGGCGCAAGCCGCGCCUGGUGGCUACUGGACGGCGGUGUUUGACUACGAGGCGGGCGCGGAGGACGAACUCAGCCUGCAUAGGGGCGACCUGGUGGAGGUCCUGUCCAAGGACUCGCUGGUGUCCGGGGACGAAGGCUGGUGGACCGGCAUGAUAGCGGACCGCGUGGGCAUCUUCCCCAGUAACUAUGUCAGCAUCGGCAGCCACAUCUCGGAGAAGAUCCGCGACACGUCGGAGCAGCAGUACUGCGAUUACUCGGCGCCUCCGCUCCAUUUGCUGGAGAUCCCCUUCUCGGAGCUGGCCCUGGAGGAGAUCAUCGGGGUGGGGGGCUUCGGGAAGGUGUACCGGGCUGUGUGGCGCGGCGAGGAGGUGGCGGUGAAGGCGGCCCGCCGGGACCCGGACGAGGACCCCGGCCAGACGCUGGAGAGCGUGCGGCAGGAGGCCAAGCUCUUCGCCAUGCUGGAGCACCCCAACAUCAUGGGCCUGCUGGGGGUGUGCCUGCAGGAGCCCCACCUCUGCCUGGUGAUGGAGUUCGCCCGCGGCGGCGCCCUGAACCGCGCGCUGUCCGGGAAGCGCAUCCCGCCGUGCACACUGGUGGACUGGGCCGUGCAGAUCGCCCGCGGCAUGCUGUACCUCCACAGCCAGGCCAUCGUGCCCAUCAUACACCGGGACCUCAAGUCCAGCAACAUCCUGAUCCUGGAACGCGUGGAGAUGGAGAACCUGGGCAACAAGACGCUGAAGAUCACGGACUUCGGGCUGGCGCGCGAGUGGCACCGCACCACCAAGAUGAGCGCCGCGGGUACCUACGCCUGGAUGGCGCCGGAGGUCAUCCGCUCCUCCACCUUCUCCAAGGGCAGCGACGUCUGGAGUUACGGCGUGUUGUUGUGGGAGCUGCUGACGGGCGAGGUCCCGUUCCGGGGCAUCGACACCCUGGCCGUGGCGUACGGCGUGGCCAUGAACAAACUGGCGCUGCCCGUCCCCUCCACCUGCCCCGAGCCCUUCGCACGCCUCAUGGAGGAGUGUUGGAGUGCGGACCCCCACUCCCGUCCCACCUUCUGCUGCAUCCUGGACCAGCUCACCGCCAUCGAGGAGUCGGGGUUCUUCGAGAUGCUGGCGGCCUCGUUCCACUCGCUGCAGGACGACUGGAAGGUGGAGAUCCAGGAGAUGUUCGACCAGCUCAGGACCAAGGAGAAGGAGCUGCGGUCGUGGGAGGAGGAGCUGAGCCGCGCGGCGUUGCAGCAGAAGUGCCAGGAGGAGGAGCUGAAGAGGCGCGAGCAGGAGCUGGCGGAGAGGGAGAUCCACAUCCUGGAGCGGGAGCUGAACAUCAUCAUCCACCAGCUGUACCAGGAGAAGCCUCGCGUGGAGAGCCGCCAGGGCAAGUUCCGCCGCAGCCGCCUCAAGCUGAAGGACGGCAACCGCAUCAGCCUCCCCUCAGACUUCCAGCAUAAGAUCACGGUGCAGGCGUCUCCGUGCCACGACCGGCGCCGCAGCGUCCUGGGCAGCGGGUCCAGCCCGCCGGGCAGCCCUCCUCUCCUGACACGCCUCCGCGCCAUUCAGCUCACCCCAGGGGAGGGCUGCGUGGCCUGGGGACGCGGCACGGCCUUCAUGCUGGAGGAAGAGGAGGGAGAGAGGAAGAGCUCCAGGACCACGGGCCGGACGCGAGGCUCCGGACCGUACCGGGAACACAGCGCUGAUGCCAGCGUGCGGCCGGCCCACGAGUGCAGCAGGCAGCGCUCCUGCAGCGCCCCCAACCUGCGGAGGUCCCCCCGACACAGCCCUGCUGUCCCCGGGGUCCCCAGCCUGGUGGAGCUGGAGAACGAAGACUGCUGCUUCAGCAGCGAGCCCAGCCAGUCCCCGGGCCAGUCCCGGGACCCCUCCCCGGGCCAGUCCUACCUCUGCCUCCCCUUCCAGGGCCACGGGGCCGAGGGGGACGCGGGGCCCCGGGACAGCGGCCCCGGGGCCCCGGCCACGGAGACCACCCCCGUGAAGAGGAGCCCGGGGCGGGGCCGGCGGCCGGAGCUGGUCCUGCUGGGCUGCGGGGCGCUGCUGGCCGCCGUGGGGCUGGGCUUCAACCUGCUGGCCCUGGCCCCGCCCGAGGAGACCGCCAAGCCCGCCCGCUGGGACGGCUUCUUCCACCGGGCCGGGGGGCACCGGCAGAGCUCCAGCCGGCGGGAGAGCCCUCUGAAGACCCCCGCGGCGGUGGUGGCGGCGGUGCCUCCCCCCCCCCAGCCCGGCCUCCCCUCCUCCCUCACCCUCCUCUCGCUGUCCUCCGUCUCCGACUGCAACUCCACCCGCUCCCUGCUGCACGCCGACAGCGAGGAGCUGCUGGCCUGCCGCCCCGCCAAAGCCUCCGCCUGCGCCCGCGCCCAGGCCCCGCCCCCUCCGCCGGCCUUCCAGCCCCGCCUCAACCCGCUGGUCAACACCCACCUGGAGAGCUUCAAGCGCAACCCCCGGCAGUCGCUGACGCCCACGCACCUGCCCUCCGCCCCCAGCGCCGUCCGCUGCCUGAGACGCACGCCGUCCGACGGCGCCAUCAAGAAGAACCUCCAGCCUCUGCCCGAGAGGGGCCCCUGGGACGCCCCGGGCGUGUUCCGGCCCCUGAAGGACCCCAGCCCUGAGGUGCCCCGGCUCCCCAACCCCAACCUCCUGUUCCCUCCGACCCCCCGCAGACGCUGCGCCCCGGAGCGCCCCAAGACGCUGGACUUUGUGGCGCGGCCGCGGCCCUCCCCCCGGGCCCGCGGUGACGCCUUCUGGCCCGAGCAGAGGCCCAGGGCCAACGGACAGAGCCUGGCGGCCGGCGAGUCCCCGGCCCACUCCUCCAGCACCGAGACCCCGCCCACUGUUGAGUUUGGCCGGGACACGGCGGCGGCGGCGGCGCCGGUGCCGGCCACGCCCAUGGAAGCGGCGCCCACGCCGACGACCUUCUCCCCGCGCCGGGUAAACAUCAUCAACAGGAACCUCCUAGACCAGCUGGACGAGGUUCAGUGCCGAGACGGGACGGUUCCCCUGUGCCGGCCUGAACUCAGCUUCCCCAAGGCCUCCCCGUACCACCACAAGCACGGGUUCUGGUCAUAACCGGACCCGGGCUCUGUGCACAGCCACCCCCCCCCCCGCCC